GCCCCCAGUCUUUAUGGGUCAGACACAUGGCACAGGUCCACCUGAUGCUGUCUCAAUAACCAGUUUCCACUGACUGCACUCUACUCAGCACUUUCUACUGAGUGUGGAUCUGACCUCUCUGAGGUGCUGGACUGAGUCUGUUUAGCUGUGGACUCUAAAAAGCAGGAAUGGACACCAUCCCGAAUAACUACAAGGAGAACUUGCUGCACAUAGACGUGUGUUUGGACGAGUGUGCUCCUCGAGCCGGCAUCACAGAGCUGUUUAAAACUCUGAGGCCACAGUGGAAAGCAGAGGACAUUCAGAUGAAGGUGUUUACAGAGGGAAUCACCAAUCAGCUGCUGGGCUGUUAUGUGGGCUCGGUGGGGGAGGCCGCUGUGGUGCUGGUGCGUGUGUAUGGCCGCAAGACGGAGCUUUUCGUGGACCGGAAGAGAGAGCUGGAGAUGUUCCGGCUGCUGCAUGCGCACGGCUGUGGCCCUCAGCUCUACUGCAGCUUUCAGAACGGCAUCUGCUACGAGUUUGUGAAGGGAGCGGUGCUGGACGACCCUCUGCUCACACAGCCUGCUGUGUACAGGCUGAUUGCUGCAGAGAUGGGAAAACUCCACUCCAUAAAGCCAAAGACUGCCUCUUCUCUUCAGCCGGUUCUGUGGUCAAAACUGUCCAAUUACCUGAACUUACUCCAGAACUCUGCGCCAAAUGAUGCUCCUCUACAGCAGAGUUCCCGGCUGGAGCUUCCAAGCAUGGACAUUUUGUUGAAGGAGAUGGACGACCUGAGGAGACACUUAACUGCAGUGGACUCCCUGAUUGUACUGUGCCAUAACGACCUCCUGACCAAGAACAUCAUCUACAACUCCACUGAAGGUGUAGUAAAAUUCAUUGACUAUGAAUAUGCUGAUUUUAACUACCAAGCUUACGACAUUGGCAACCACUUCAAUGAAUAUGCAGGGGUGAAUAAUGUGGAUUAUAGUCUGUACCCCAGUGAGGAUCUGCAGUGGGAUUGGCUAACCGAAUACCUGCACAGUCUGAAGAGCAGCAGCGGAGUGGACACUGCAGUGGCCGAGAGAGAAGUGCAGGAACUCUACAUCAAAGUCUGCAAGUUCUCAAUGGCGGCUCAUUUCUCCUGGGGUCUCUGGGCUCUGAUACAGGCCAAGCAUUCCACCAUUGACUUUGAUUUCCUACGGUACGCAGCGGCCCGGUUCAGCUACUACUUUGAGAAGAAGGAGGAGUAUUUUGGAAUGAAGCUUCAUUAACGCGGAGUUAGAGCUCGUUUCACACUCAGACUGCAGCUUUACCUCAGAGACACAGCAACGUUCUCCUCCACGUUCGAGCAGAAAUGACCUCCAGCACCAAUCUGACCAGCUAAUGCAGUCCGUUAGCAGCCGAUGUUCUCCACGGAUGUUCUGAUGAACCUCAUAGCAUCAACACUGAUGCAGGAGAUCUCAUUUAAAGGGCCCAUAGUCAGGAAAACUGGAAUGACUUUACUUUUUUGGAAAAUAAGAGUUUGAUGUAGUAUGUAAACAUUGUUAAAGUUUCAAAACAUACCUCAGUCCAAAUGGUCCACAUAUGGGAACUAAUGUUAGUUGUUUUUGUGAUGUCAUAAAAACAACUUUACAUAAACAUAUUAUAUAUAUAAAAUUAUAUAUAUAAAAUUAUAUACACACACACACACACACACACACACACACACACACACACACUCCCAUUUAGUGUAGAGUACAGUUCUUCAAGGGUUCAAAGGUUAUUCUUUGCAUCGUGAAGUGGUUCUUCAGAUUGAUGGAGAAUGUGCUGUAGAAGGUUCUACAUAGAACCUUUUUUGAAAAUGGCUAGAUUGUUACGGGACGGCAGGGAGGCGGACCCAAGAGCAGAGAGGAAAACCCAUGAGAAAGUGUGUUAAAUGAACUUAUUGAGGUGGUGGAGUGUUUAUUUGGUGAUGGGGUUGAGGUGGCUGAGAGCCAGGCUCGAACUGUCAAUAUACUGAUUGGUGGUCCGAGGAGUUACCACCACGCCACCAAGAAGCACAAGCGACAGGAAAAACACCUCAACGAAUGGGAAAUAAAAAAUGGUGGGAAAAACAAACAAACGAAGGGGACGCUGAAAGCAGCGCUCAAACAAAGGCUGAGAUAGAAAAGUGAUAAAAGAUAAUCAGAAAACAAAAAGCACUUCCUCUGUAAUCAUGAGAGGAAGAUCAGCUUUACGUUUCGCCUGUUUGCUCUUUGUGGAACAAACACCUUCUGUAUGGCUUGGAGUCGUUUGUUGUUCAAGCUUUCUUUUUGCUUUUAAGUAGUUUUGGGGCAAUUUCUCUUUUUUCUCUCUCUUUUCUUUUCCUUUUGUAUACAUACUGUACCGGUCACCCCUCUACAAAGGUGUGACAAAGGGCUGCUGUUUGCCACAGCCUUAAUAGAGGAGUCCACAGGUGUGCCAGGUUGGGCCUAAUCAGCCCCAGGGCUUCUGGGAAUUGGAGUUCCCUGAACUUGUGGUGCCUCGAUAUAGCACCAAAAAAAGUUAUUCUGUUGCUAUGAUGUCAAGCUUGACACAAUAGAAAAAGCCUUUUUGGUACUAUAUAGAACCAUCUACGCACGUUCUCCAUCAGUCUGAAGUACCCUUUCACAAUACUAAGAACGCUUUAAUUAUGCAAACGGUUUUUAAGUGUUCACGGUUCUAUGUAGAACCAUUUUCUUUACUAAAGAGCCCUUGAAGAAUCAUCAUUUUUAAGAGUGACUUUAGCUCCGCCAAUAAUACUACAACUAUGCAGGACAGCCAGUCAGAACAGAGCUCAUUUACUUAUACCAGUUUUAAAGUAACUAAAGCUUAAAAGAUAAAUAGAGAUUAGAAAAUAGUCAUGAAGUGAAUUAUGGAUGUUUUUGAUACAUAAAAAUCCCACAGACAUUAUAAGUGGACCUCAGGGGGAAAAUAAAUAAAUAAAUAAAUAAAUAAAUGAAGUGUAUGAUAUGGGCCCUUUAAAAUAUGCAGGCUAUGUUAAGCUGGACAAUAUCAUCUAUAUACCUCAACAGCCUCAACAGUUAUAAGGUGGAGAUCUGCUAACUGUAAAUAAUGUACAUCCACCUCACAGCGGCGCACAGUCUUCAUCAGUGGCUUUAUUUGCACAGAACGGCACGUUCAUCACUGCGGUGGUGCUACUUUCAUUCUCUCUGUGUUUGUAACUCUGUUAUUCUACAGUGAACACAUGGUGCUGUCUACCUAUAUUUACACACACGACAAUUAGGGGGGUGCAUAGACCAGUGGCUUCCAAGCUGUGUUAGGCACUCCCAGAGGUUCAGAGCACAUCAAAAAAUUCUGACAUUAAUCUUCAUUUAACUUCAUUUAAUCAGCCGGUCGCAGUUACACAGGUGCUUCUCCAGCACAGGGCAAAGCCAAUAACCCUGUUUCCAAAAUUAGCUGUACAAAAUGUAAAUAAAAACAGAACACAAUGAUGUGCAAAUCAUUUAAACCCUAUAUUUCAUUGAAAAAAGUACAAAGACAACAAAUCAAAUGUUGAAAUUUUACUGUUUUUUUUUAUUUAUGCCCAUUUUGAAUUUGAUGCCAGCAACACAUUCCAAAAAAGUUAGGACGGGGGAAACAAAAGGCUGGAAAAGUUCUGUAAUGCUUAAAGAAACACCUGGUGGUUGAUUGGCAAAGGGUCAGUAAUAUAAUUAGGUAUAAAGAGCAUCUCAGAGAGGCGGAGUCUUUCAGAAGUAAAGAUGAGGAGGGGUUCACCACUCUGUGAAAGACUGCACGAUUAAAUAGUGCAACAAUUCAAGAAUAACGUCUCUCAACGUAAAAUAGCGAAUGUUACGAUCCUGGGGGUGUGAGGUGUUUUGUGCUCUCUCUUUCCCGCUUAUCACCUUUUCCCAUAGGGUUAAUGCCUGGAGGACUCUGAUUGGCUACAGCAGGGGGCGCUCCAGCUACUUAUGGGGCAGAGAUGCACUGCAGAAGGAGAGGGCUGUUCCAGUGGUUGCACCUGUGCCAUCAGCCUCCACCUGACCAGACCAAGUACUCGAAGCUUUGUUUGUGAGCUCGUGUUAGUUUGUCUAAAUACUUGUAAAGCCCUCUCUGUGUCAGUAGGGGGGGUGAGUGCCCUGUUUUUUGUAUGUUGUUUUCUCAGGUAGCCUUAGCCUUAUCUUUUUGUUUCUGGUUUGUUUUUGGGAUGAUCUCACCCCCUGAAGUUUUCCUCUUCUACAAGCUCACCUGCACUUCACCAGUUUAAAGCUAGACUUACCAGCUUUUACAAGAUGGUGCCUUUAACUUGUACAAGUUAAAAGAAAUAAAUGCUGAUAAUUGGUCAA